UUGAACCAGCCAUGGCUGGGGAAAUAGUCUAUGCUGAUUUAAACAUCCGUGGAGAUUCGUCCCUCACCAGCCGACCCCAACCUCCUCACCACCUCAAAUGCCAUCUCUUUCCCCGCUGGCAUCAGAUGGCUCUGAGGGUCAGCUGGGCUGCAAACGUCGUCCUGCUGGGAGCUAUGAUGGCCCUGAGCAUCUGGGUUUUUCAGGGCCCCUGCAGUAAAGCAGAGACCGGCACAUUGGCAUCGCACCUAAGACGGCGUCUGUGCGACUCCCCCCAGAACAGCUCAGCAGGGCCCCCCGGCUGCAGACUCUGUCCCUUGAACUGGCUGCUGCAUGGGGACAAGUGCUACUGGCUUUCCAAAGAGAGCAAAACCUGGAACGAGAGUCGCGAGGACUGCUCAGCGAAGAGCUCUCGAAUGCUCGUGAUCCAGGACCAGCGUGCGAUGGAAUUCAUAAAAACCAUCACAGAGGGGAAAUACCCAGUUUGGAUUGGACUGCACCUGACAACCUCCAAGGGAAACUGGACGUGGGUGGAUGGUUCCCUGUUAAAUCAAACAGGGGUCUCACUAUCGGCCCCUGACACUGGAAACAGCUGUGGGGUGUGGAAGGAGAAUCAGAUUCGUGGUGAAAUCUGCAGUGGUACCUUUAAAUGGAUUUGCCAGAGAGAAGCUGUCCUGAUAUAAAUGGCAUUAACGGAUCCCCUAUUUGAUUAAGGGACACACAGGACUAAGGUUCAGGCCUCAAAGGUGGAGGGCCGUUGCUGGGCCUGGGAAAACGCCACCCUCCACUCUGUCAGUGCUGGGACGCUUUCGAAAUACACAAGAGAAAGAGCGCCCCCCAGGGGCACGUUUAAGCACAGAAUGAACUUGUCUGCAUGCAAACGCACAUAGGAAGGGAACACACACAGAGCUGCACUUCGCAGGCCACGGCUGUAAGAGGACAGAGCUUCACGAACACAGCCUCAGAGUAUUGAUUAAUACUUUUAAUUACAAGUGCAAGUAAUCAGAGUUAGAUACAUUAAAUCUAUACAAUAAUCCCUGUAUUGAGUUUGUACCACUGAUUAGUAUAUUAGCUCCUCCCCCUUUUAAUCUUUGCAGUGGCUGUUUCCCACUGGGAUAGUGUGGAGGAGUCACCCAGCUAGUCUCAAAUACAAUUUGCUUCUGACUCACCUUUCUCCCAGCGCUGGUCUCCGCUCUAACUACACAGCAUAAGAUUAGGAUGCUCUGCAGCAAACCUAGACAUUGCAAUGUCUACUCUGGCCCAUCAGAUGGCGCUGGGCCAGGGAAAAAAAUAAAAAUAAACCAAUACAUAAAAGGAAAAUCAACAACAACACCACAGACUAGAACUAGCUGGAAAAGCAGCAUUUUGUCCUGCAAAAGUUUCAACAGGAAAAAAAAAUCCCAAACAUUUUUAAACAUUCUAAUGAAACAAUUUAAGGGCAAAACUUCUUUCCCCGCUCACAUGUUUUUACUUGUUCCCAAUUUCUUCCACUUUGGAGACAGUGAGUGAGAAAGGAUUUGUAGGAGGGUCGGGUUUUUUUAAAGAACA